AGCGGCCGCAGCGAUGUUUGCUCUGUUUGCACGGACCUCGAAAUUUCAAUGUACGCGUGCAUCGAUUGGACCUCAAGGGCGCGUCUGCCUGAGCCUGACACCACCAUCACUGCAGCACCAGCAAUCAUUCACAGCGCCAGCGCCAAACCUACCCACGGUUAUGCUCCUGGGCAAUUAUGGAGCAUCAAUGUUGGGAAAGUCCCUUCGACGACCGCGGAAUCUUAUGACAGCCAUGAGUGCACUUGAGAAAGAUUCUACGGCUGCUUCGACAGAGAUGCGUUCAGCGGCUAUGAAAAUGGGAGGGAGGGCUUUAUCUACUCCAACAAGGGUAAACUCCACUCCUGCCUCGAAUCGAACCUGGAGUCCGAAUAAUGGCAUUGUAUUCAGCGGGACUUGGAGCCCAAACCAUGGCAUUGUUUUUAGACCGGCGGCUGGAACACCUCGAUCGAUGAGCACGAAUGCUGUAGAGGGAAUGAAGCAAGAGCAUCUCCUACAUUCGCAGGCGGAGGAUGAUUAUGUUAUGGCAUCUGCAGAUAUGGCUGUACUGGAAUGUCAGUCAAAUGCUAGGACGAUAGCAAUGGUAGCAGCAGACUCGAAAGGGAACUCUACGCCGAAACCAAAGACAUCAAAAGAGCAGAAGCCUGCAGAUGCGGUUACCCCGGCGUCUAAGCCAGAGCCAGUUAAUCCGAAGCAGAUUGGGCCUCUGAAAGGCACUGUUUUGAAGUCCAACAAAGAUUCAAAUGGUGCAAAAUCCUCUGAUUCGAAAUCAGGCCCCUCAGACCCAGUCUCGGGGGUAAAUGCUUCAGAGACAAAAGUUCCAGAAGCAAAGCCUGAACCAGAGCCAGAAGAUCCUGCCCAAAACGAACUUCCUCAAACAACAACCAAGCUCAAAAUGACCGAAGAGCUGUUUCGCGCCGCCAAAAACGCCGAACCUGGCUCCAUGGAAUCGUACUGGUCACAUCAACUCUACCGCGGCCCUCCUAUAAAUGGCAAACCGCAGAAGACAAUGGUACAUUACUGCAAGAGCAUCCACACCACCGAACGAGUCCUAGAACACUAUUUCGCCGACUCGACACUCAUAGGCUUCGAUAUUGAGUGGAAAGAGAAUGCAUAUCGAAGCAAUGACGCCAGGCAAAACGUCUCGCUCAUUCAGAUAGCGAAUGAAGAACGGGUUGCACUCUUUCAUGUGGCCCUGUUCUCGAAAACGGACCUCGUGUCACCCAGAUUCAAGAAAAUUAUGGAGGACAGCUCCAUCACCAAAGUCGGGGUCUCUAUCAAAGCCGACUGCACGCGUCUCCGCAAGUACCUUGGUAUUGACACUAAAGGCAUGCUGGAACUGAGCCAUCUAUACAAACUCGUCAAGUUCUCAGAGCGUAAAAGGUACGGGGAAAUCAAUAGACGGCUGGUAUCGCUUGCAAAGCAGACGCAAGAUCAUCUCCAUCUGCCCAUGUACAAAGGCGAUGUUCGGGUCUCGGAUUGGAGUAAGAAGCUUAGUCUUGAGCAGAUCAUGUACGCUGCUUCAGACUCGUAUGCUGGCCUACAGAUCUUCCACACGUUGGAGAUGAAGCGACUGGCUUUAGACCCUACGCCACCACUUCCAUACCAUGCGGAGCUCAAUCUGCCAAUUCGUAUUGCCGAAGGCGUGGAGAUACCAUCUGAUGCUGAAGCAGAAGAAGCAGAGCCUGAACCUGAGCCUGUAGAUCCAGCGGAAGAGGCCACUUUAACUACGAAUUCCGAACCGAAGAAACUCUCUGAGAAGGAACUGCAAGAAGCGAAAGAAAGCGUGUCUAUGGAAGACCCCGAGCUUGAGUACGCCCUCUCGGGAUACCCUCUCUUACCCUCUCAGUCAGAUUCAGACACCAACUCUGAACCCAAAGAAGAGAACCCCUCCCUAAUCCGCAAAAUAGACGUCUCUGAUCCACCAGCCGCUCCCAAGUCGUCACCCUCCCUCUUCUCAAGCUACAGCAACUCCCUCGUCCACACCGCCGAAGUCCUCACUUCCUGCUACCUCGACAACCCCGCUAACAGGAACCCAAAGCGCCGCCUUAAUUCUCACAACACCGUCUCCCCCUCUCCUCUGUCAACGCACCACCGCCGUGGCCGCAAUCUCCGUAUCUAUUUCCUGUGGUACGAUAAUCCGGAGUUGAGUCUGAAGGACCUGGGUGCUAUGUUGCGGAGUCCGCCGCUGAGCGAGAGGAGUGUGGCGUUGGGGAUUUUGGAGGCCGUCAGGGUUGAGAAGGUGGAGUUUGAGAAUGAGAGAUUGAGGAAAGUGAUCGGGGUGUGGAGGAGGUGGGGAAAUAGAUGGUUGGUGGGGACGAGGUAUGGUAAGUUGGAGGAGGAGUGUGGGUAUGUUGUUGGGGAGGAUGCUGAGGCUGAUAGUGAGGAUGGGGAGUUGGCGGGGGAGAAAGACAUAGAAGGGAGAGGGAACAAGGAUAAGGAGAAGGCUUGAUUGCUCAUGAAGACCAUAGCGAAGGUUUGAAGGGAUAGUGAAGCUCAGCGGUUUGUCACUUGGACGAUUCGGUUCCUUGGACAAUCGCAUGGGUUUGGAAUGAGCGUCAGGUACAGGCAUGAUUGUGGUGUUGAGGGACUUGGAUGGGCAGUACAUAAACAUGAUUUUGGUUCAUGACUGAAGGAUGCAUACACACACUACACCGAUGCGAGAAAUACAAAACAAAUGAGUAACGAUACCCACUCUCAUAUUCUUGGCCCCAAUUAUGUUCAGACAAUUUCACACUGGUCAUAAGAAUCAAAGAUGAGAUCAAACGCAAUUUUUGUU